UAGAUCCUGAGACAGGCACUUACUAAUUCUCUUAACAAUGAAUCUCUUUUAACUUCCUUAACAGAAAUUAUCCUUGCCAGGGAGAAGGGAGAAAAACUAAAAGAAGGGAACAGGAAGACAAAAUAACUCAUCUGUGAUGCAUUCAUGAUGCAGCCUCUCCUCCGUACGUCAUUUCCGGCUUCCCCACCUCAGUCUGUGUGCUAUGAUACCGCUAUGCCUUCAGUCCCUUCUUCCUGUGAAUGGUGCGACCUCCGCACAUGGCCGAUGAUGAAAGCAACUGUGACUUUUCAAAAGUUACGACUUCAACAGAGAAGGACUCAGGAACAACUGGCUAACCAGGGCAUAAUACCACCACUGAAAAGCCCAACUGAAUUCCAUGAGCAAAGAAAAAAUUUGGAUAGUGACAAGACUGAAGAUUCCCUGAAGCGCAAGGCCAGAGCCAAGUCGGACCGUGCCAACUGUGUUAAUAUGCACAUACUCCAAGCCUCCACUGCAGAGAGGUCCAUUCCAACUGCUCAGAUGAAGCUGAAAAGAGCCCGACUUGCAGAUGAUCUCAAUGAAAAAAUUGCUCUCCGGCCAGGGCCCCUGGAGCUGGUGGAGAAGAACAUUCUCCCUGUGGAUUCUGCUGUGAAAGAGGCCAUAAAAGGUAACCAGGUGAGCUUCUCCAAACCAGCAGAUGCCUUUGCUUUUGAAGAGGACAGCAGCAGUGACGGGCUUUCUCCUGACCAGACUCGAAGCGAAGACCCCCAGGGCUCAGUGGGAUCCCCCACAGACGCUAAAGCCACGGAGACGCCUUUGGCCGGUGGUCUGGAGACAACCCAGGAUCUUGCUUCUGGCUCUGAAAAUGACAGGAAUGACUCAACCUCCCAGCCCAGCAACCAGACAGACAUGGGGAAGCAGGGGCUAGGCCCACUCAGCACCCCCGUCCCUGUGCACGCUGCUGUAAAGUCCAAGUCCUUGGGUGAUAACAAAAACCGCCACAAAAAGCCCAAGGACCCCAAGCCAAAGGUGAAGAAGCUCAAAUAUCACCAGUACAUCCCCCCAGACCAGAAGGCAGAGAAGUCCCCUCCGCCCAUGGACUCGGCCUACGCCCGCCUGCUGCAGCAGCAGCAGCUGUUCCUGCAGCUCCAGAUCCUCAGCCAGCAGCAGCAGCAGCACCAGCAGCACCGAUUCGGCUACCCCGGGAUGCACCAAGCUCAGCUCAAAGAACCAAAUGAACAGAUGGUCAGAAAUGCAAAUUCUUCUUCAACACCACUGAGCAAUACUCCUUUAUCCCCCGUCAAAAACAGUUUUUCUGGACAAACUGGUGUCUCUUCUCUCAAACCAGGUCCACUGCCACCUAACCUGGAUGAUCUGAAGGUCUCUGAAUUAAGACAACAGCUUCGAAUCCGGGGCUUGCCGGUGUCAGGCACCAAAACAGCCCUCAUGGACCGACUUCGACCCUUCCAGGAUUGUCCUGGCAACUCCGUGCCCAACUUUGGAGAUAUAACGACUGUCACUUUUCCUGUUACCCCCAACACGCUGCCCAAUUACCAGUCCUCCCCUUCCACCAGCGCCUUAUCCAACGGCUUCUAUCACUUUGGCAGCACUAGCUCCAGCCCCCCGAUCUCCCCCGCCUCCUCUGACCUCUCUGUCGCAGGGUCCCUGCCGGACACCUUCAACGAUGCCUCCCCCUCCUUCGGCCUGCACCCAUCCCCAGUCCAUGUCUGCACAGAGGAGAGUCUCAUGAGCAGCCUGAAUGGGGGCUCUGUGCCCCCAGAGCUGGACGGGCUGGACUCGGAGAAGGACAAGAUGCUGGUGGAGAAGCAGAAGGUGAUCAACGAGCUCACCUGGAAACUCCAGCAGGAGCAAAGGCAAGUGGAAGAGCUGAGGAUGCAACUUCAGAAGCAGAAAAGGAAUAACUGUUCAGAGAAGAAGCCUCUGCCUUUCUUGGCUGCCCCCAUCAAGCAGGAAGAAGCCGUCUCCAGCUGCCCUUUUGCAGCCCAACACGGAUCUGUGAAAAGACAAAGCCACGGCUCGGAAAGUCAGUCACUGGCUUGUGAGGCCGCUCAACUCCUGCCCCUUGCAAAUGCUCACUGCGUGGACUCCUCAGGUCAAACCAAUGUGCUCUCGUCCACAUUCCUCAGCCCCCAGUCCUCCCCUCAGCAUUCGCCACUUGGGGCUGUGAAAAGCCCACAGCACAUCAGUCUGCCCCCAUCACCCAACAACCAUUACUUCCUGCCAUCAUCUUCUGGGGCUCAGGGAGAAGGGCACAGGGUCUCCUCACCCAUCAGCAGCCAGGUGUGCACCACACAGAACUCGGGGUCACAUGAUGGCCAUCCUCCAAGCUUCUCUCCCCAGUCUUCCAGUCUCCACCCUUCUUUCUCCGGAGCUCCCACAGAGAGCAGUCAUGGUACUGGGAGCAACCCUUGUCCCAAAAGCCCAGGUGUACAACACAAGAUGGCUGGUUUACACCCUUCUGGUAACGCGGGGCCAAAGUUCCCAAUUCCAUCCCCAACUUUUCCUAAGUCAAGUUCAGCAGUUUCAGAGAUAACUCAGCCUCCAUCCUAUGAAGAUGCCGUAAAGCAGCAAAUGACUCGAAGUCAGCAGAUGGAUGAACUCCUGGACGUGCUCAUUGAAAGCGGAGAAAUGCCAGCAGAUGCCAGAGAGGAUCAUUCAUGCCUUCAGAAAGUCCCAAAGAUAUCAGGGCUUUCUCGGAGCCCUGCUGCCACCCUCUCCAAGCCCUCAGCUUCCUUUGAACAAGCACCCUCCGGAAGCCAGCUCUCCUUUGAUCACUAUGCCACCGACAGUGAGGAGCAUCUUGAAGUCUUAUUAAAUUCCCAGAGUCCUUUAGGAAAGGUGAGCGAUGUCACCCUUCUAAAAAUUGGAAGCGAGGAGCCUCCUUUCGAUGGGAUCAUGGAUGGAUUCUCUGGGAAGGCUGCAGAAGACCUCUUCAAUGCACACGAGAUCUUGCCAGGUCCCCUGUCCCCGGUGCAGACACAAUUUUCACCCUCUUCUGUGGACAGCAAUGGGCUGCAACUCAGCUUCACAGAAUCUCCUUGGGAAACCAUGGAGUGGCUGGACCUCACACCACCAAGUUCCACGCCAGGCUUUGGCUCCCUGACCACCAGUGGCCCCAGCAUCUUUAACAUCGAUUUCCUGGAUGUCACAGAUCUCAACUUGAAUUCCCCCAUGGACCUUCACUUACAGCAGUGGUAGAAUACCUGGUGCUCCAGGGCUGAGGAAGACCAAUAGCAAUCCCAUGGGGGAGAGUAUACAACCACAAAUACUUACAUUAUCCAAAAAAGAAGAAGGGAAUUCAAAAGAAGGAAUGGAGACUUCAGUGACAAUCAAGAAAAAGGAGUCUUUUAUAUAUGAUAAAAACGUAUAUAUAAUGUAAUAUUUGCCAACAUGCAAUAAUGUAUUGACGAAAAUGUGUUUUCUCAGACAAAGGAUGCCAAAAGAAAUUCUUUCACUGCCUUUUCAAAUACCGGUAUCAUUUUUUAGCCCGUCAUUUUCCUCAGGCAUUGUUGGGGCAUAGCUCAUGCUGUAAACUUUUCUCAUCAACUUACUGUGGAAAGAAAUCAUAAAGUCUUUUAAGAGCAUAGCGAAGACACUCCCUCACUGGUUAUGGAACACCUGUCCCAGUGAAGGCUACUUCCUAGGUCUUCGUUACCUGCUUUUCAAAAGGCAAGUCAGGCCCAGCUUCUGUUAGGGAGUUCUUGAGACAGAAGAAAGGGACAGAACUGAGCUAUUCCCAGGGAGGCAAAUCAAGUCAAUGUCCCUCAGCCACAAAACUGCCUCCGUGAAGUGAUUCUGCUUCUGUACCCCUCCCCUGUGUUCACCGAUAAUUAGGUUGAGUUCAGACAACUCAAUCCAAAACUUUUCCCCUUUUUAACCAGUAGUCCAGUCACUGUCACCAUCUCUGUGCUGACAGGCAUUAUGUAAAAGGUAAGAACCCCAAAACAAGAAAGCCUUCUGCCACGGAGACAUGCCUCAGGCCCUCCAACACAAACCCCUUCAGUUCCAAAGACUAGAGAUGACCACGUGGGUCGGCAGAAAGCUAUCUCUAGGCACAGGGAUCAUUCAGACAGGCAAGAGGACAUUGUUUCCCAAAUUCUGGGAAUAAACACCGCAGGUCACUGUAAACUAUCACUUAUAGGAAGUCCAAUUUCUUUUUAAAUUUGUUUUUUCCUUUUGGGGGUGGGGGGAUGGCUCUACCCUACUUUUAAUUUUUUCCCAAGAUAUCAAUCCUUUCUUGCUCCUUUUUAAAUAAUCCUUCUCUUUCUUCCCAACAUUGGGAGGGAAGAGCUUCUCAGAUCUAACACGCUGCUGUACUUCUAAUAAAGCCAUUUUUUAAAUAGUUAUAAAUCCAGGUUCUUCUGGAGAAUGUAUUCUCCAUAUGCACUGCUCACUGUGAAAGGAGGUUGUGAGAAUCUCCUUAAGAAGAAACUGGGGAUUCGGCCCAUCGGUUGCUGAGCUCAUUCUACUUUGAUUUGAUUUAUAAGCAAUUCUUAACUUGUGUCGCUCUGGGGGAAUUGGGAAACAUUAUAUUGUAAAGGUAAACAUGGCUGAUAUUUUGGAUCUGGGUUUCUGAAAGAAAACACAAUUGCACAUGGAACGUGAUGGAAGGGAAAGGCAACGAGUGAAUGUGCACUCCUCAUUGCCUCUCGGGCUUUGGCUGGGAGUUAAAGAAAAACUCAAAUGGCAGAGCCGUCUCUCUAAGGCUCCCUGUGGCUUCAAUUCACCAUUUUAUAGUGUUGCACGCAUGCUGUAGAAAGUAGCUAAUGCUGUUUGUUUUUGUUUUUGUUUUGUAAUUUAAAUCACUA